GAGGAACAACAACAGACCAGGAGAGACAGGCAAGCCUAGUGGAGACUGAGCGCCUUCCAGCAGGGCGACGAGCGCUGGAUCCCGGGAGCGUACAUCUCCUUUCCCAUCCCCGGGCUUCACUGGCGUCUAACCACGGCCGCUCUUGGUGAGGAAACUCUGGCCUCCGCUUCCUCCUCCUCCGACUCGGACACCGGCGGAGCGUCGCCGCCCCCGCGGAAGAAACACCGAGCCUCGGCGGCGGAGGGAGCAGGAGAGCCCGGGGCUUCAACUGGGACAGUGGGCCUUUCUGCAGUUGUUUUAGGACUCUCAUCGACGACACAUCCUCAGGCAUCCUCUGCCAUUUACUUUAACAGAAACAUCGUCAGUAAUCUCGGCACAAACAUGCAGUCCAACGGAUCAGGACAGGGACAGGACUCGGACCUUUCCUGCUUGAACAACGCACAGAACGGAGAGUCCUCCUCGGCCGGAGGAGCGCACUCCAACGGGCUUAUUUCCAGCACAAACAACGGGAACAGCGGCGGUACCAAUAACGUAGCUGCGACAGGACCGGGUGGUAGCUCCACUGCAUCGGGUUCGGACGUGGGCUCCAUUAAGAAAAAGAAACGUCUAACUCAGUCCGAGGAAGAUGUGAUCAGACUAAUAGGGCAACAUCUACACGGGUUAGGGCUCAAUCAGACGGUGGACUUGUUGAUGCAAGAGUCGGGCUGCAGACUGGAGCACCCAUCUGCUACAAAGUUCCGCAACCACAUCAUGGAGGGAGAGUGGGAUAAGGCUGAAAAUGAUCUGAAUGAGCUGAAAGCAUUGAUGCACUCACCCAAUGCCAUUGUGCGGAUGAAGUUCCUGCUCCUACAGCAGAAGUAUCUGGAGUUCCUUGAGGACGGGAAGGUUCUGGAAGCUCUGCAGGUGCUGAGAGGCGAGCUCACACCCCUCAAGUACAACACAGACCGCAUCCACGUCCUCAGCGGGUACCUGAUGUGCAGUCACGCAGAGGACCUGAGAGCCAAAGCAGAGUGGGAGGGCAAAGGAGCCUUCAGCUGCGAAGUCACGCAUCACACGCAGCAGCUGAAGCUGUUGAAGACUCUGGAAGGACACGCCUACGGGGUGUCGUACCUGGCUUGGAGUCCGGAUGAUGCCUACCUGGUCGCCUGCGGACCUGACGACUGCUCUGAACUCUGGCUCUGGAAUGUACAGACUGGAGAGUUGCGCACUAAGAUGACCCAGUCCCACGAGGACAGCCUGACCAGCGUGGCCUGGAACCCUGAUGGCAAGCGCUUUGUCACGGGACAGAGGGGACAGUUCUACCAGUGUGAUCUGGAUGGGAAUCUUUUGGAUUCGUGGGAGGGUGUCCGUGUGCAGUGUCUCUGGUGUUUGGGGGACGGUAAAACCGUCCUGGCCUCGGACACACACCAGCGAAUCCGUGGAUACAACUUUGAGGACCUCACUGACAGAAACAUAGUCCAAGAGGAUCACCCCAUCAUGUCGUUCACUGUGUCUAGAAAUGGAAGGUUAGCGCUUUUAAACGUAGCAACUCAGGGUGUGCAUCUCUGGGACCUGCAUGACCGUGUGUUGGUGAGGAAGUACCAGGGAGUGACUCAGGGCUUCUACACCAUACACUCCUGCUUCGGAGGACACAACGAGGACUUCAUAGCAAGCGGCAGUGAAGACCAUAAAGUGUAUAUCUGGCACCGGCGUGGUGAGCUGCCCAUCGCUGAGCUCACCGGACACACUCGCACCGUCAACUGCGUCAGCUGGAACCCCACCCACCCCGGCCUUUUGGCCAGCGCCUCUGAUGACGGAACCGUGCGCAUCUGGGGCCCAGCGCCUUUCCAGGAUGGGCAGGAGCUUGACAGUCUCCACGAAAGCUGCAGUGGUAUGGAUAGUUGAUGUUGACUCUGCUCUCGUUUGAAUCCAAACCCGAGACAAACAAAAACAAUCAGAAUGGAACCGAGGCAAGAUUCUCCACAUCACCAUAGCAACUUAGGAGCUGGGCGGCUGGAGGAGGUGGAGCCUGGAGGUGUCACUCUCUCCAAGGGGGAGGAGAUUUGGGCCUGAGAAAGUUCCCUUGAUUGCUCCUGUCAGUCACAUACAGACACACAAACACACCCCACAUCUUGACAUGCAAUAUGUACACACACAUACACACGCCGCAGGGAGCUAGAAGAUUGUGUGGUGUGUGUGUGUGUGUCUGUCUGUGUGUGUGGGAUCGCUUUGGUGAGAAGUCAGCUAACCCUUGAGGUCUGAGAGUUCUGAACCCCCCUCCUUUCACUUGGGGUUCAACUGCACAAACCUGCUUCCAUUUGUUUGUGUGAGCGUGAGAGAGUGAGUGAGACAGUGAGGUUGUGGUGAAGUGUGUUUGUGAUGGUGAGACUAUUGAAGUGUGUGAGUGUUGAUGUGUGUGUAUAUUCUUCCUUUUCGUACCA